CAUUUCAAUUAUGGAGGUGGAAUUUGGUUUGGCCAUUGUGCACUGUUAGCUCUUCAUUUUGUGUAAAUACAGGAGAGUUUUUAAGGCUGGUAAUCUCGGAAGAUUGGAGUUGCAGUUGGAACUUGGAGGUCAGAAUGUGUGUGCAUUCAUUCAUGCAGAACGCACAUGGAGAAUUAACUUGUGCAGCGGACAUGACGUGAGUAUUUUCUAUCUCACUAUUUAUACCACGUUGAUGUGUGAACUUCCCCUGGAUAAAUUGACAGUUCAACGGCAGCUAAUUCUGCCUGACAUACGACAAGUUCGCCGGGGAAUCAACUGAAGAUGUUUGACGUUCUUCUUUAAGCUGCCAAGCCCACUCUGGAUUAAACCUGGAACGCACGUCAAGGAGGAGGUGUGGAGUCAGUUGCGUUAACAUCUUUGUAAAUUGGAUUGGAUAACUGUGUUUAUGGACAACUGACUCUAUCUGAGUUUGACUAACCACGAACUAACUGAGCUUCCUCGGAUAGGUGAUGAAACGUUGGUUAUCUACGUGAACAAAACAUGGUUUAUUGGGCACUGUUAAUCUUAGUUGGUCGUGACAAUAUCUACCUAAAAGGCAACGUGGUUAACGAGGCCAUCUAAGUAAAAGUGGUUUACUAAGCCAUUUUUGUAAAAAGCAACGUAGCUUUCGCCAUCUUCGUAAAAAUCAACUUGGUUAACCGUUGCCAUCUUUGAAAAAAAGCAACGUGGUUCACAACGCCAAAAAGCAACAUGGUUUAUAACGCGAUCUUCUCAGAAAGCAACGUGGUUUACACGCCAUCUUCGUAAAAGCAACGUGGUUUACACGCCAUAUUCGUAAAGCAACAUGGUUUACACGCCAUCUUCGUAAAAGCAACUGGUUUAGAUGCCAUCUUCAUAAAACCAACAUAGUUUACACGGUAAAGGCAACGUGGUUUACAUGCCAUCUUCGUAAAAUCAACAUGGUUUAUUACACGCCAUCUUCGUAAAGGCAGCAUGGUUUACACGCCGUUUUGUAAAAUCAACGUGGUUUACAUGUCAUCUUCGUAAAGCAACGUGGUUUACACGUCAUCUUAGUAAAAGUAGCGUGGUUUACACAGCAUCUUCGUAAAAGAAGCAUGGUUUACACGCCAAGUUCGUAAAAGCAACGUGGUUUACACGCCACCUUCGUAAAAGCAACAUGGUUUACACGCCACCUUCGUAAAAGCAACAUGGUUUACACGCCAUCUUCGUAAAAGCAACGUGGUUUAUAAAACAUUCGUAAAAAAACCACGUUGUAUACUACAUUCACUACUAAGGGUUCACAAUGGAUGACACUCUAUUGUACACCUAUUACUACAGCAGUGUAAAUGGGACACAAACAUCAAUACCUAGCUCCAAAACUCUCGCUGUGCCGAUUUUUCUGGCUUUGCUCAGUUUCAUCGGUUUCGUUGGAAAUAUGUGUAUGAUGUACGCCAUUUUGGGAUUCAAACACAUGAGAACUGCGCCCAACAUCCUCAUCUUUAACCUGGCACUUGGUGACUUGCUCUAUAUUCUCAUCCCAACACCGAUCUACAUCGAGCAUGAGAUUAACCCACUUUCGGAUUUGUCAUCACUCGGUUGUAAACUCAAAGCCUAUGUUGGUUUUGUUGGGCAGUAUGCGAGUGUUUUUGCUCUUGCGGCGUUAAGCCACGAGCGCUUCACUGCCAUCGUACGGGGGAUGGAGGCGCGUCGACACGGGAGGGACUCGUUUAUGUCUAGUAGUAUGUGUGUCGUCAUCUUCGUGUGGCUUGCAUCCAUUGUGUUACCCGCCCCAACUCUAUUUUUCGCCAAUGUCAGUAACGCACAACAGUGUCGGUCAACAUCGGAAAAUACCGAAGUGGCGAUUGCUUACGAAUUCUUCCGAGCUCUGACUGGUUACGUCAUUCCACUGGUUACGGUUGGGUUCUACUACAUGAAGAUUGCGAUUUCCCUCUUCAAGAGUACAAAGAGCUUUCAAAAUGACUUUGAGACUGCAGCUAUGGCUCACCAGGUCAAAGUUCGCAGGCGCCUGGCUGCCUCAGUACUGGUCAUCACCAUCUUCUUCGCUGUGUGCUGGUUCCCGUACUUCUUCUAUAACAUCUGGAGUUUAUGUCUCAGUGCAGAUUCACUGUUCGGGGAGUCAAAUACGGCAACAGACUAUCUGAGACACGCAGGGAUUGUAAUGCCUGUUAUCAACACGUGUAUGGAUCCCUGGCUUCUCUUCAUCAUCAGUUCGAAACACAGAGCGUGUCUGUUCCAAUGCCUCAGAUGCAAAGGUGAUACUCGGGCUUCGGAUAGUCAGAGCUCUAGAAAGUCUGCCAUAACGGGAAGAACGCGAACGAGUCAGGGAACUAGUUUUUCUCGUGUGUCGCGCUUGUAAUGCUCUAGGCUUGUCCCAUGAUAAGGACAGAUAUUGGGUGUGUUCGAUUAGCUUUCCUGCUGGGUCGACCCCGGUCUGCCCCCGGUACGUUCGACUCACCCGGGUCAGCCCCAAGUGCCCUGCUUGUGAAUGUGGAGUGGGUCCCUAAGGUGCUGGGCCCUUGUGCAUGUCGUCAUCACCACGAGAGGGUGAGUGAUCACUCGAUUAGCUCUUGUCAGGGGCUCACCCGAGUGGCACCGUGGGAUCGACACAGGGAAGCUAAUCGAACGCACCCACCAUUAUACGUCGGAUUUAACUGCGAAUCACCAGAACCAUGAAGGACUUGUGAAAUGAAAUGUUGCGAGGUCAAAGGUGAUUGUGGACGUGGGCUCAAGCGCAGAUCUCUGGCGUAAUUUACGACUCUCGAGACGAAGUGUGAUGUCAGAUGUUCAGACGUGCUCAACAAAUAUUUAAACUUGCCUCGUUCCCAGAAUUAUGAACCUAAAACACGUGUACCCAUUAGACUCGUUGAGAUGUUUUCAACAUUAGGCCACAAUGUUUGGAUUUCCAAAUGGAUUUUAUGUUUUCCGUAGUGAAGUGAAAACAUCGGAAUGGGUUGCAUUGAAUGACUUCAAUUUGAUGGACGAGGAAAACACAUUUGUUCCUCGCAAUAAUUAGGCAUGAACAUUUUUGAUUAAAUUUGAUGGACUUUCAAUAAGUUUGGUGACUUUGAAGUUGACUGAGAUGCAAGUUUGCAUCCUUCCAUGUGGAUAUAGGAUAACUUGUAAUUAUUUACCUCUAUGAGGUUUGUGUUAAAUUUGAGUAAUUGAGAAGUGGAUCAAUAUAGUGGAUGGAGUGAAUGGUGGAUUAAUCUGCAGAUCUUCAGAUUUUAAAAAGGAUGUUCGCACUCGUCCUAACUUUAUACUAGCCUUAAGUUUUUAAUAGCUCCUUGGACUAGUCCUAACUCUUUGUGAAAUCGACCCCCUGGUCACGAAAGCAGUAAAGCUGGUGUUUUAUUGCUGUGAAUGGGCUUUAGCGGAGUGUAACGCCCCAUUUUGUCUCGUACCUUACUCGGUUCAUAGACAGGUAUAACAGUGGUUUCAUUUUCGGUUUGCUUUUCUUCUUACGUUCAUAGAAUGCAAACCAAACGAUAUUACCUUUAAGUGGGAUUUGAAACUAUUUUAAAUGGUGUGAGUACUGUGUGAGGUUUGCAGUAGCACUACACGUUUCUAUUUUGAGUAGUGUUGGUUCUGGAAAGAACAGCGGUUAGGUCCAC